GUCGCAUUCUCGCUUCAAUCAUUCGGAGUUUUUCUUGCUGCUGAAAGAGGAAAAGUGGUUUCUUGCUAUCUGGACUUCAGAUUCCUGGCGAAUUUUCGGUGCAAAUAGAAACAAUCGAAGGAUAAUCCAUUUCCUGAAGUAGUUGCCAAUCGCGUGUGCAAUAAUUGGUUUACAAGUGGAAGAUGCAUAUGUGAAAAAUUUCAAUUGGAAAAAAUGGCAGCCCAAGUGCGAAUGCAAAGUGCAUUGUAGUGGCGUUCGUAUAAAUUAUUUUUUGUUAUUGCUCGGUGUCGUGUUGUCUCCGUAAUCCAAUUUUAUCGAGCGAGAAUUCUACACACGGUGUCUGAUAACCACUAUCAACGGGCAAUUUGGCAGUGAGAAUGAGUAAACACAACAUGUAUUCGACGGCAAAUUUGUCCGAUGCACAGCUCAAAGACCAGGGCAAUCAGAUGUUCUCGGCCCGCAAGUACGAGGAUGCGAUUAAUUGCUACUCCAAGGCAAUCAUUAAAAAUCCUACAAAUGCAACAUACUUCACAAAUCGCGCACUAUGCCAUCUCAAAAUGAAACGAUGGGAGCAAUCAUGCCAAGACUGUCGCCGAGCGCUAGAUAUGGAUCCCAACUUAGUAAAAGCACAUUUUUUUCUUGGACAAAGUCUGAUGGAAUUAGAAUUGUACGACGAAUCCAUAAAACACCUUCAAAGAGCAUUUGACUUAGCAAAGGAGCAGAGACAAAACUUUGGCGAUGAUAUAGCAUCACAAUUACGAUUGGCCCGAAAAAAGCGUUGGAAUGUCCAAGAGGAGAAACGGAUAUGUCAGGAAAUCGAAUUGCAGACUUACCUAAAUAAAUUGAUUCGUGAGGAUAUGAAGAAUAGGAUAGAAAAACUCACUUUUGAUGAUAGUUUGGAUGAUGAAACAUUGAAAGAUAAGACACAAGAAAUUGAACAGGAAUGUGAAGAUCACAUAACUGAACUGAAUAAUAUAUUCGCGAAAAUCGAUGAGAGAAGGCGGAAACGUGAUGUACCUGACUACCUAUGCGGUAAGAUUAGCUUCGAAAUACUAACCGAUCCUGUGAUAACGCCGUCAGGUAUAACAUAUGAGCGUAAAGACAUCGAAGAGCACUUGCAGCGUGUCGGUCAUUUCGACCCAGUGACUAGGGUCAAAUUGACACAGGACCAGCUCAUACCGAACUUUUCGAUGAAGGAAGUUGUGGAUGCUUUCAUUAGCGAAAACGAGUGGUCGCUCGAUUAUUGAAUCAAAAACUGCACCUAGAGAAUAGUAAUUGCUACUAAUUCAUCUCAGCAUUGAUUUCAUUGCAAACGUCAUUUGUAUUAAAUUAUGAUAAUUCAAGCAUCAACUUGCUCUUCAUCGUGUUGGCGGAGUACCCGAUUGUGCGACAUUUAAUAUUGAUAUAUCCGUUUUGUUCCUGGAUGUAAAAACGAGUGACAGUGAUCUGAUUGUAAAUAAUGUACAGUUUUUCUUCUGUGUUUACGAUACGAGACAUAUUAUCCAUUUGAGAAAUGAAGUCAACCAACGUUAUUUAUAUAUUAUGAUUAGAGUUAACAUUUCUUAUGAAGAAAAUACUGUUCUUUUCUAGUAACGGAAGUAUGUAUUAAAGGAUGUAUGUUAUAAAACUAAGUUUAUCAUAAAAUAGCCUUUUAAAAUUACUGAUAGUGAUAAAAAAAAGAGAAUUGUGAAGCGUUUAGUCCAGGAAUGACAAAAAAAUGUUGUAAUAAAAAAGUAUGAGAAUGAAA